CGAACAAUCCCGAAACAGCUGUUUGAUUUGUCACACUGCGCCUUGUUUUUAAGCAGGCUGAAAUUAUUUCUACUUAGCAAAAAAUUGGACAAAGAUUUACGCAACAAAUAUAAACAAGAGUGUGGAGUUUUUAUAUUCAAUAAGCACCGUUUUAAGCAAAUGGCCACAGCAAACAAAUUGGGCAAAAGCCUGCAAAAAAUUUUCGUGGGAAAUCUACCGUGGACGGUGGGCCAUCAGGAGUUGCGUGCUUAUUUCAAGGAAUUUGGACGCGUCGUCUCCGCUAACGUAAUAUUCGAUAAAAAUACCGGCUGUUCACGUGGCUACGGUUUCGUUUUAUUCGAUGACAUUACGCCAAUAGAGAAGAUUGAAAGUGAACAAAAACACGUGCUCGAGGGCAAUUAUCUAAACAUUCGGAAGUCAUAGACAUUUAUCUCGAUUCUUGAUAUAAAUUUUAAGACAUUAAACAUACAAAAAUUCAUAAGUAAAUAAUCUUAACCCGGCGAAAGAAGACUAAAAUAUUAUUUGACUAUGUCAACAUCAGAUUUUUCGGACAGUGACAUGGAUAUUGAUCCCAUUGAUGAAGUGUUUUCCGAAGCAGCUGAACAUUUGCAAAAGAUUCAUAACUCUAUCGACUCUACCGAUCUUUUAGAAAUUUAUGGUUUAUAUAAGCAGGCAACUUGUGGGCGCUGCAAUACUCAGAAACCUAGUGUAUUUAAUAUGCAAAGUCGCAGCAAAUGGUGUGCAUGGAAUGAUUUGGGAGAAAUGCCUAGCGAAGAAGCAAAGCGUUUAUAUAUUGAAAAGGUUCAAAAAUUAGACUCGACUUGGCAGCCAAAGCAAAAACUUGGCGAUAAACAGAAAUCUUCACCUGGCUGGGUAGUACAUUCUAUUCCUCAGCGGCUGGAGGAAGCAGAUCAAAAAGAACAUGAAAAAAAUGCUUUCGAUUAUAUUAAAGAAGGCAAUCUUAUACAACUUCAAAAUGCUCUCUCUUCGGAAAUUAUGGAGAUACUUGACGAAAACGGAAUGGGACUGAUACAUUGGGCAGCUGACCGUAAUGCAGUAGAUAUAUUAAAACAUCUUAUUGAAAACGGAUUAGAUGUUAAUUUUCGUGAUUCAGAGCAGCAGACGGCCUUACAUUAUGCAGCCAGUUGUGGUCAUAUCGAAUGUAUUCGAAUUUUACUCAAUGCUAAUGCUGAUCCUUCUAUCAAAGAUGCUGACGGCCAAUCGUGCCUUGAUGUGGCCGAUAAUUCAGAUAUCUGUGAAUUGCUAAAAUCUUGAUUAAAAUUCAAGUUUUUGCUUACCUACAAUUUUCACAAAUAAAGCUAAAACUAGUUUUCUUUUGUACAAAACUUAAAUGUCGGGAUUAAUUAUAUCAAAUAAAAUUUCUUAAAUUAUAGAAGUUUCAAU